CGCUUGUUAUUCUUUUUGCUUGCUGGUUGUGAUUGAUUGUGUCGUGGCGUCGUCGUCGUUAGCUGCUCUUCUGUUUUGAUCAACUGAAAUAGAUUUUCCAUGCGAAAUGGCGGCUUUUAUGGAGGAAGCUUUAGUGGAAGCGCGCCGUGCACGUGACGCCGGCGAGGUUCCCGUUGGCUGUGUUUUUGUGCACGGCGACGAGAUUAUCGCACGUGGUGGCAACCAAGUCAAUGUGCAUCGCAAUGCAACACGUCAUGCGGAGUUCAUCUGCAUCGAUGCAACGCUAGCCUACUGCCGUGAGAAGCAUUUGCCGGCGCGAGAGACAUUCAACGAAAUCAGCGUCAUCGUGACUGUGGAGCCCUGCAUUAUGUGCUCGGCAGCCCUGCACACGCUGGCCGUCAAGGAGAUUAUCUAUGGCUGUGAGAACGAUCGAUUUGGAGGCAAGACAGUGGUCGAUGUGGCUGCCGUUGUGGGUCAACGCAUUAACAUCACUGGCGGUGUUCGUGCCGACGAAGCCCUGGCACUCUUAAAGGAAUUCUACAAGGGUGACAACCCUGCAGCGCCGCCAGUGGCCAAAAAGAGGAAAUGACUGUCUUAUAGUUAGAGAGAGAGCGAGAAGAAACAAGGAAAUGGAAUAGAAAUCAAGUCUAUAUAAACUUAAGUUUCAGCCCAUUUAAAACUCUUUGUAUAUGUUGUAAUUUAUUAUUAUUAACUUUAAGCAUAGACUAAGCUAUAAUAUGGCGUUCAGAACGUUUGUUUAAAACAUACAUACAAUACAUAAUACAAAAACUGUGAAAAGUGAAAAUCGUUGUGUAUGCAACUGUUACAGAUAAUCGAUAGAUGAUAAUGGAAAAUU